AUGGAGCUGAGCCUGGAAAGCCUGGGGGGGCUGCACAGCGUGGCUCACGCGCAAGCGGGAGAGCUGCUGAGCCCGGGCCACGCGCGGUCGGCGGCUGCUCCUCACCGUAGCCUGGUGGCGCCCGGUCGCCCGGGCCUGGUGGCCGGCAUGGCCAGCUUACUGGACGGCGGCGGUGGCGCCGGUGGCGCCGGUGGCGCGGGUGGCGCCGGCGGCGCGGGCGGUGGCGCUGACUUUCGCGGGGAGCUGGCGGGCCCGUUGCACCCAGCCAUGGGCAUGGCCUGCGAGGCCCCUGGCCUGGGCGGCACCUACACAACGCUCACGCCCCUGCAGCACCUGCCGCCUCUCGCGGCCGUGGCUGACAAGUUCCACCAGCACGCAGCAGCCGCGGCUGUGGCCGGGGCACACAGCGGCCACCCCCACGCGCAUCCGCACCCUGCGGCCGCGCCGCCGCCGCCCCCGCCGCAGCGCCUGGCUGCCAGCGUGAGCGGCAGCUUCACCCUUAUGCGCGACGAGCGUGCGGCGCUUGCUUCCGUGGGCCACCUCUACGGGCCCUAUGGCAAGGAGCUGCCCGCCAUGGGGUCGCCUCUGUCGCCUCUGUCUAACCCGUUGCCUCCCGCUCUACAUAGUGCUCCGCAGCCUCCGCCGCCGCCACCGCCGCCACCGCUGGCCGCCUACGGGGCGCCGAGCCACCUGGCGGGGGACAAGCUGCUGCCGCCCGCUGCCUUCGAGUCACACGCCGCGCUGCUGGGGCGAGCCGAGGACGCGUUGGCCCGCGGGCUGCCGGGAGGCGGCAGCGGUGCAGGUGGCGGUGGAGCGGGCGGCGGGGGCGCCGCGGGGCUGCUGGCGCCGCUGGGCGGGCUGGCGGCGGCCGGGGCUCAUGGGCCGCACUCUGGCGGAGGCGGCCCAGGCGGUGGUGGCGGCGGCCCGGGAGCCGGCGCGGCAGCGGAGGAGAUCAACACUAAGGAGGUGGCGCAGCGCAUCACCGCGGAGCUGAAGCGGUACAGCAUCCCGCAGGCCAUCUUCGCGCAGCGCAUCCUGUGCCGCUCGCAAGGCACGCUCUCCGACCUGCUGCGCAACCCCAAGCCGUGGAGCAAGCUCAAGUCGGGCCGCGAGACCUUCCGCAGGAUGUGGAAGUGGCUACAGGAGCCGGAGUUCCAGCGCAUGUCGGCGCUGCGUCUUGCAGCCUGCAAGCGCAAGGAGCAGGAGCAGCAGAAGGAGCGCGCACUGCAGCCCAAGAAGCAGCGGUUGGUGUUCACCGACCUGCAGCGGCGCACGCUAAUCGCCAUAUUCAAGGAGAACAAGCGGCCGUCGAAGGAGAUGCAGGUCACCAUCUCGCAGCAGCUCGGCCUAGAGCUCAACACUGUCAGCAACUUCUUCAUGAACGCGCGGCGCCGCUGCAUGAACCGCUGGGCCGAGGAGCCAGGCGCUGCCCCCGGGGGCCCGGCUGCCGCCGCCGCCGCCGCCACAACCUUCUCCAAGGCCUGA